AUGAACACGCUACCAUCAAUGGACCGGCACAUCCAGCAGACCAAUGACAGGCUGCAGUGCAUCAAACAGCACUUACAGAAUCCAGCCAACUUUCACUCUGCAGCCACAGAGCUGCUGGACUGGUGUGGAGAUCCCCGGGCCUUCCAACGACCUUUCGAGCAAAGCCUCAUGGGAUGCCUGACGGUGGUAAGUCGUGUGGCCGCUCAGCAAGGAUUUGACCUGGACCUAGGCUACCGGUUGCUGGCUGUGUGUGCCGCCAACAGGGACAAAUUCACCCCCAAAUCUGCCGAAACCAGCACCUGCAGGAGAUGUCAGACUGACUCAGCCCUGCUGUCGUCGUGGUGCGAGGAGCUGGGUCGUCUGCUCCUGCUGCGUCACCAGAAAAACAGACAGAACGAAUCACAGGGGAAAGUGCCCAUGCAGUCCGGCAUGAAUAGCAUGAAGGCUGGCCUCACGCACAGCGAUGGCUCUUUUCCCUAUGAUUCUGUCCCUUGGCAACAAAGUACUAACCAGCCCCCUGGGUCAUUGUCUGUGGUUACAACAGUGUGGGGCGUCACCAAUACAUCACAGAGCCAGGUUCUUGGGAACCCGAUGGCCAACAGCAAUAAUCCCAUGAAUCCCGGGGGUAACCCCAUGGCGUCGGGAAUGUCGGCCAGCACUGGGGGGCUUAACUCUCCCCAGUUCAAUGCCCAGCAGCAGCAAUUUCCCAACAAAGGAGGCUCCAACCAGCAGUACAUGCAGCAGGGGAUGUACAGCAGGCCCGGAUACCCUGGAGGCCCUGGAGGAUACAGCGGCAGUUACUCUGGAGGUCCAAAUCCUCCUCCAGGAAGUAUGGGCGUGUCCUCCCACACUCGACCGACUGGCGAUUUCACGCAGCCGGCCGCCGCCGCCGCUGCAGCUGCUGUCGCUGCCGCCGCUGCUACGGCUACCGCCACGGCAACAGCCACCGUAGCGGCGCUACAGGAGACGCAGAAUAAAGACAUGAACCAGUAUGGGCAGAUGUGUUCUUCCUUCCAAAUGGGCCACGCUCAGGCCUACAACAGUCAGUUCAUGAACCAGACUGGCCCACGAGGACCCCCCGGAGGGAUGAAUCCCGCCAGCAUGGCUUCAGGAAUGAACAACCCUAGCAUGAGCGGGCCACCCAUGGGCAUGAAUCAGGCCCGGACUCCCGGAAUGGGACCUUUUGGUGCUCACGGCCAGCGGAUGCCCCAGCAAGGCUAUCCGGGAGGACCUCGGCAGGGCAUUCCCAUGCAGGGAAUGAAGCGGCCGUAUCCUGGCGAGGCCGGGUAUGGUGGACAAUAUGGGCCUAACAGUCAGUUCCCGCCGCAACAGGGGCAGUACCCGACUCCCAACGCCUCCCGACCAUUGCCUUCACCCAACUACCCAGGACAGAGGAUGCCCGGGCAGCAGGGGCAAGGACAGUACCCGCCUGGCAUGCCCAUUGGCCAGUAUUACAAGCAAGAACCAUUUAAUGGGCAGAGCACUAACUUCUCGGGUGGAGGCUACUCGUACGGGCAAGUGAAUGGGCCCCCUAGGCCUGGUAAUUACCCCCACUCACCAGUACCUGGAAAUCCCACCCCACCCAUGACGCCCGGAAGUAGUAUCCCUCCGUACCUGUCGCCGAACCAGGACGUGAAACCCCCUUUUCCACCUGACUUGAAACCAAAUAUGACAGCACUUCCACCUCCUCCAUCUCUUACCAACGAGGAGCUGCGACUGACGUUCCCGGUGCGAGACGGCGUGGUGCUCGAGCCAUUCCGCCUGGAGCAUAACCUGGCUGUCAGCAACCACGUCUUCCACUUGCGGCCGUCCGUCCACCAGACCCUUAUGUGGAGAUCAGACCUGGAACUGCAGUUCAAGUGCUAUCACCACGAAGACAGGCAGAUGAACACCAACUGGCCGGCGUCGGUCCAGGUCAGCGUCAACGCCACGCCCCUCACCAUCGAGCGGGGCGAUAACAAGACCUCCCACAAGCCCUUGCACUUGAAACAUGUGUGCCAGCCAGGCAGGAACACCAUACAGAUCACCGUCACCGCCUGUUGUUGCUCGCAUCUGUUUGUGCUGCAGCUGGUCCACAGGCCAUCUGUGCGCUCUGUCCUCCAGGGGCUUCUAAAGAAGAGGCUCCUUCCCGCGGAACACUGCAUUACCAAAAUCAAAAGAAACUUCAGCAGCGUGGCAGCCUCAGCGGGAAGCGCCACUCUCAACGGGGAGGACGGCGUGGAGCAGACUGCCAUUAAAGUGUCUCUCAAGUGUCCCAUCACCUUUCGCCGCAUUCAGCUGCCCGCACGAGGGCAUGACUGUAAACACGUGCAGUGCUUCGACCUGGAGUCUUACUUGCAGCUGAACUGUGAGAGAGGAACGUGGAGGUGUCCUGUUUGCAAUAAAACCGCAUUACUAGAAGGCCUCGAAGUGGAUCAGUACAUGUGGGGGAUCCUCAAUGCCAUCCAAAAUUCCGAGUUUGAGGAAGUCACGAUCGACCCGACGUGCAGCUGGCGGCCCGUGGCCAUCAAGUCGGAAAUGCAUAUCAAAGAGGACCCCGACGGACCUCUGGCAAAGCGCUUCAAGACCAUGAGCCCGAGUCAGAUGACCAUGCCCAACGUGAUGGAGAUGAUCGCUCAGCUGGGGCCUGGAAGCGGGCCAGGCCCCGGCCACGGUCCUGGACCCGGCCCCAGCCCUUAUCCCUCACACCAUCCAGGCCAACAUGCCAGUGGAAAUGGAAGCGAUUACCCAGGAGCAGGCACCCCAUACCACAGCCAAGGGAACUUUGACUUCCCACAUGGGAACCCGUCUGGGGGAGGGGUUCCUCCUAUGAGUGACUUCAUCCAUGGCCCGCAACUUUCCCACCCACCAGAUGGGCCAAGCGGUCUUCUGUCCCAGGACAAGCUCCUCAACCACGGCAUGAAUGACUCCAUGUCCCACCCCGAUCCGUCCCAUAACUCAAUGCAGCCCGGCUUGCAUGCUUCUCCACACCCCGGCGGCCAAUCGGGGCCGUCUUUGCAUCACAGCGGUCAAUCGGGGCCACCGUUGCAUCACGGCGGUGGUGGCCCAUCGUCAUCGCAGCCGCCUCGCCCGCCGCCACAACCUCAGCCGCCCGGCCAAAACACUCACCCGCACGCCGAUCUGACGUUUAACCCUUCGUCAGAUGGUCCGGACAUGCCCGAACCUUCGCUGGAUCUGCUUCCUGAGCUGGCCAACCCGGACGAGCUUCUCUCGUACCUGGAUCCUCCCGACCUUCCGGCCAACAGCAACGACGACCUUCUCUCCCUCUUUGAGAACAACUAA